GGAUUUUCUUCGGUUGCUGGAGCCUUUAUAUUGUUUACUUGCCUUUGUGAGAUGCGAGCAGCAACGGUUCAAAAGGUAUUUUAGUAUUACCUGCUGUUAUAUUGUUUAGAACUGUUUGUUAUACACCAACAAUGCAACUGCAGUUAUUUGCUUUAAGCUAGAGAAUACCAUAAGAAAGGUAUCAAACUUUCGUCUCGUUAGUAGGCUAUGACUUUUAUCAUAAUUACUGCUCCAAUUUGUUGGACCUGUAGGUUUGUUCAGUGUCGUAUUAAAAUAGUGACUGACGAAAGCCGAUCAGUCACGACAGUCACCGUAUUUAAUCUUUUGCUGUUGUUACUAUUUUAUGGGCCAGGUCAAACGAAACUAUCAAAGUAACUUUUUUGGCAAACAGUGAAGGUCACUUUGAAUUGCUUAUGACCUGCGAAAAAGAAAAAUGAUACCGCCAAAAACAUUGAACCUACAGUCUCACUCAAAAUUGUUGGGACACUUUACUGCCUUCAAGAUUGCCCUUCCAAUGUUGAUGUACAAAAUUCGGCGAGUUAACUAAGAUAAACAACAUCGAGAGGAAGAAGAGAGUUAGAAGAAAACAGCGUUCAGUGGAAGUGUCCCAACUAUUUUCGUCUGCCUUCGCAGAGUCGAAGGUUCCGCAGAAUUCGGGUCGCGUACUUGACCAGCCUGGGAUGCCUGUGCCCGAGGAGAUAAGUUUGUAUGUAAAUAUUUCGUAGAGCGCUCAAUUCAUUUCAUUGAAGAGCAUAAACGAUCGAUGAUUACUCCUGAAGCCUGAACUCCUGUGAUUAUUGAUAUGUUUGUAUGUAUGUAUGUAUAUCACCGCAUUAAGGCCGGGAGAAAUCCUGUUCCGUAUCAAAGCCACGUUUUUGGAAGCGACAAGUAUAAAUGCAAGUGAAGGUAAAAAAUUCCCGUGAAUUGGAGCGAUACGUUUCUCAGAAUAUUUCAAGCAAUUCCUGGAACUGUACGGUAAAUAAAGUCGGUGUUUUGGCUAAAUUUGUAUUUAACCAGGCUUUGUUGUAUUUAUUUAAUUGAUAAAUUGCUUUAGCUAUGAAGAGCUUUUCUAGAAAGUGUGACAAGGUUUAUUCUCCCUUGGUAGUAAACGUUUUAUACACGACGGAAGCAAAGAUUCAAAAUGAUUUGAUACGCUCGCGAAGUGUUAUGAACCAGUUUAAUACUGAACUCGAUUGGAAAUUCACUCUUUCACGAACUCCAUCGCUCGGGUGCUCUUAACUUUAUCGUGGACAGGUUUCAGAGAAAUAAUGCGCUGAUUUAUUCUCACGGACUUUUACACAAUGAAGGCUUGAUGUAAACAUUUAUUGUGGUUCAAAGUUCAGUUUUUAUCGAUCGCCUUCGUGUGGUGUAGCGUUACAUGUACAGUUAUUUGACACGGUUAAUGUCAAAUAUAAACAAUCGAAAUAAACUGCAACUGAUUCAAAUUAUUUGAAAUGUCAUGCUUUACUCGCAGCAUUUCACUUUCCAUUGGAAACUACUAGUUUGAUACUGCUAAAGAUUACCAGGCCAAUAGCUCAUGCGCAGUCAUGAUACUUAGUGAUUCAAACUGAACGGUUGCGAAAACAGCUGUGUACAUGCAAACAGUUACUUAGGCUUUGUGCAAGUAUCACUUUUGUUGUUUAUGCUGAACACAGAUCUUUGAAGUUCCCGAAAUGCAGCGAAAAGUAACUACAGAAAAGUUUAAGCUUCAUGUCACGGAAGGAGUGGCCAGGUUUGAUGAGAACAUUGAAAUCAACGAGGAAAACGACAUUGCAUAUAUGAAAGUGCCUGCUCACAACGAUCUGUCUGAGAGCGACAACUUGUACGACUUUAAAAUGGUGAGAAUUUCUUAGAAAAUAAUGGCCCUCUUGUCAUGAUUUUUCUAACACCUUAGAAAUUAACUAGUAACAGCUGCCCUCGCUCUGUAUGUUGGUCUAAUAGUAUUCUUGGUCGUUGUGUAGCUCUAUAUGUGAGAUAAUUAAAAUUAAAACAGGAAACGCAAGAUUCCACACACUGAUUCAGUUCAAUUUACAUAGCUUUGAUCAAAACAUUUUUGCCCGGGUUUCGAGAAAUUUUUAGUCCAAACCAUAAGAAACGAUUUGAUUAGAAGUUGGAAUUUUUUGCUAUUUCUAUUUCACUUUUUAGAUGUAGUUCAUUUUUAUUAGCCGGAAAGUAAGCCUCAGAAACUAGAAGGUUUGAUAAAUUCACACUCGUGCGUUCUAGUCAUUUUUUUUUUUUUACCGACAGUAGAACCUAGAUAACUCGAACUCAGAUAACUCGAAUUCCCCACUAAUUGGAACUAAAUUUCCUUUCCCUUGAUCAAAAUUUCACUAAAUUUACCCUGAUAACUCAUUCCUCGCUAACUCGAACUGUUUUUCGUUUCCCUUCAUAGUUCGAGUUACCUGGAUUCUACUGUAUAAAACAAUACUUGUCGGCGAAUUUCUGUAAUCGUCAAUCAUUCUGCUAGUGAUUAGUUAGCCGUUGAUUUAAUCGUCUUGCUUAUUUUUGGACUGAGUCUCAUUCCUCCCAAGAGAGAGAAAGAGUGUCUGACAAAAUCUUAUUCAAUGGGUCGCUAUUAAUGAUCCUUUGCAACACGUCCCCUUGAUGCGAUUACUGCUCAGGUUCAGUCAGGCGACACUAUCGCACUUCAUGCAGUCUCCUGCCUUUCUUCUAAAUACGCAAGCACAGAAACAGGUUUCUCUUCAGCUUUAAAUAUAGUACAUAUCCAGUUACACAUGACAUUAUCUAAGAAUUUUAUUAUAGCAUGAAUUAAGAAAAACGUUAGUUUCAAUCGUGUUCGUAACCAUUGUUUCGUUUUCUUUUAAAUAACAGAAUAUUACAGUAAGUCGGGUGAAAAGUGAUGGCGUUUGUCACAUAACUCCACUACCCCAAGACUUGCCAAGACCAAACGUUUUAUCAAGAGGGUUGAAAGCGGUAAGUAGUAAAAAAAUUACAUAUUCGGCUUUUGUAUGGUCAAACAAAUUGUAAAGAUUGAGGUCGGCCUCAGUCAAUUACCCAGUGGGUAACAAACAACCUUCCAGAUCUGAAUAAUUCUCAUAUCAUGCGACAGCCGAAUCAAAUAAUUGCUUUACUAUUCAGUCAAAAUAAUUCGUACCAUAAAUUUCUAAAACUCGAGAAAGGCUAAAAAUCGUUUAAUUGAUUUAAGAUAUUCAGAGUUUCUCCAAUAGUGAUAGUAAUUUACCUACGAUUUUUGGAGGUCAUGUUUUCCACAUUUUAUUAGCAAGAUAUUGCGAUUAUUGUUUAAAAUGGUCUCCUUAAAAUCUCGGAUAUAAAAAAAUAAGACAAAACGUCCCCUAGAAUUUUUGUCCUCGAACUUUCGACUGGACCAACACAGGGUAGCUAACAGCUCAGGAUGAGACGAAAUAACCAACUAAAACUUUCCAGAUGACCAAAAUUCCCCCUAAGACAUCCGUACAUAGGAAUAGUACUUCAGGCAGCUCCAAAUUAACCAAACAGAGUUAUAAAGUAUUUGGGAACAUUAGGUCCUUGGGUGCCCUGGAUAUUCUUCAAAAACAGUUGUCAUUCAUCCGCCAACUUGUAAUUGCUGAUUUUCUUCCUUUCCUUUUUGGCAGUAGUACGGUUCUUUUUCCGUUGCAAAAGACGGUGCGAAACUUUCCACAAUUUUCUGUUACUUUACCAAAUUUUUUCUGAGCUAACGAAACUUCGUCUCAAAGGCUUCACUGUUGCCAACCCUAUUUCUGUCAAUAUCCUGUACUACUGACGUCAUUGACACUGGAAAUAACAAACGUCUUCCAUAUGUGGCCAACGCUACCUAGCGAGAGAUUAGUCAGGGCAUUUGAGCCAAUCAGAAACGAAGAAAUAUUUUGAAUGUAAAACAAUUAUUCUUAAUAUUUUUUUUUUGUCGUAUUUCCUAUAGCUGACUAAUAUGCCGCCGUCUCAUAAGAUCGUAAAGACCACUGAACAAUGGAGAAUUGGAGCCAGGGUAGAAAAAUGGAGCUUGAGACGGGAGGUGCAAGAAUUUUGUGGCCAGUUCCCAAUCUACCGUUUGGAACCAUUCACACCCGACACAGUUACUGUGGUGGACGACACCCGUGCUGGUAAGCCUGUUAUUGUAUAUAUUAAAUACAGUAGGCUGAUGUUAAAAUGGUACACAAAUGCACAAAGUAACGGUUUAUUUGACUGGCAAUUUAAUGGAAAGGAAUCUGUACAAGAAGGGUGUGGUUUCAAAAAACCGAAAUCGAAUCUUAAAAAAUGAGUUACUUUUUUGAAAUAUCAUAAUGAUUGUAAUUCGUAACAUAUUUCCUUUUGAUAAUCUUUUCCACAGCGAGAAAAAGACGACAGAAUGUAAGAGACUUUCCCCUCUGUAAUAAAAUCAUCCCUGACCCGAACGCUUGCCAUCCCAAUCAGUGGUUAUACACUUGCAAGAUUCAAACAGCUCGGUGCGUGUAUUACAUAACCUGCUAUUUGGAUCAGGCAAAUACAAUUAUAAAGUGCUCUGACCUUACUAAUCACCGGUUCACUAGCUUGGUCUGCUGUGACCCAAGGUGCCCAUGA